AUGGGUGAAGAAAAUGUUACUGAAGUGACAGAGUUCAUCCUCUUAGGGUUCACAGGAGAUGUGGUGUUACAGCAGGUACUUUUUUUCAUCUUCCUCGUCAUUUAUGUCAUCAGUCUUCUAGGAAAUAUCACCCUGAUUUCUCUCAUCUGUGCUGAUCCCCGACUCCACACACCCAUGUAUCACUUCAUUGGGAACCUGUCAUUCCUGGAUCUCUGGUAUUCUUCUGUCUAUGCCCCCAAAAUCCUGAUAACAUGCAUCUCUGAAGACAAAAGCAUCUCCUUUGCUGGAUGCCUGGCCCAGUUCUUCUUCUCUGCUGGGCUGGCCUACAGCGAGUGUUACCUACUGGCUGCCAUGGCUUAUGAUCGCUAUGUGGCCAUCUCCAACCCCUUACUUUACUCUCAGACUAUGUCCCCAAGAUUAUGUGCCAGUCUUGUUGCAGCUUCCUACCUUGGUGGCUUUGUAAACUCCACCAUUAUCACUAGUGAGACAUUUACCCUAAGCUUCUGCGGAGACAACACCAUUGAUGACUUCUUCUGUGACCUGCCUCCUCUUGUAAAGUUGGCAUGUGAUGUGAAGGAGAGCUACCAGGCAGUGCUGUAUUUCAUACUGGCCUCUAAUGUCAUCACUCCCACGGCGCUUAUUUUGGCCUCCUACCUCUUCAUCAUUGCAGCCAUCUUGAAGAUCCACUCCACACAGGGCCGCCUCAAAGCCUUCUCCACAUGUGGUUCUCACCUGACGGCGGUCACCUUGUACUAUGGUUCCAUUCUCUUCAUUUACUCCCGGCCAAGCACUAGUUAUACCCUGGAGAGGGACAAAGUGGUGUCAGUGUUCUAUACUGUAGUGAUUCCAAUGCUAAACCCUUUGAUCUACAGUUUAAGAAACAAAGAUGUCAAGGAUGCCUUUAGGAAAAUGUUAAAUACAGUCAAGUUCUCAUGA